GACCGGAGCGAGCCGUGCUAUUCGGGGAACGUCCACGAGGGCUCGCGCGACAUCCUCGUCAUCGCCAAUCCGGAGCGCAACGCGGUCUUUGCAAAGUGCGACAGCGCGCGCAUGGAUGUGGGGACGGGCUUGUGCUGCAAGGAGCUGCCCGCUCGGUACCUGGGUCCGUUCUACGUGGACAUCGAGACUUGGAAGGACGGGGCGGUCGAGGUGAACAUGCGGUACCUGGAGCGGAAGCCGCUGGCUGCGGCGCCCAUGGACCUGCAGCAGAUUCGCAGCGGGGCCCGAGGCCUGACGGACAUGGUCGUGUUCAACGAGCGUUAUGAACAAGCCGGCCAUCUCUGCCGCUUAGAAGCAAAAAGCCCCAUCAUUCUCGUCCCUUGUCGGCCCCUUCCGGAGCAGAGAAGCUGUCUGCUGUUGUGGGGGGGGCUGAAAUCUGAGGAAAACUCACCCCCCAGGGACAGCAAAACAUGUCCGCUGUUUUGGAAGGGGGGGGCAGAUUGUCAGCGGACGGACCCCCCCCGAGCACAGAAAGCUGUCCGUUGUUGUGGGGGGGUGAAAUAUGAGGUGAACGCACCCCCCAGGGACAGCAAAGUAUGUUCGCUCUUCUGGGGGGGCAGAAAUGGCAGCGAACGGAUCCCCCCACAACAGCGAACGCUGUCCGCUGUUGUGGAAAGUUUGUAA